AUGGAAAGUAACAGAACGCAAGUUCGCGAAGAACAACCAAGCCAAAAUUGCCCUCAUGUUACAGUUGAAACUGAUACUGAGGAAGAGGAAAGCGAGGAGGAAACAAUGGUUAACGAUCAAACCGAAGAUGCUGAGGAGGAAGAAAUUAUUUUGCCUCGCCAAGAACCAAAACAAGAAAGAACCCAACAACAGCAAAACCCGGAACCACCAAGAACUCCACAACGAAGCG